UGUACAAUUAAUGUGCCAGCUCUCUUGCUUCUUACUAUUAUAUUAUUUUUGUUCCCUAUUUUUUCUUAAAAUUUUUUUAAAAAGAAAAAAGAGAGAGAGAGAGAGAAUUCAUAUACUAAUUGGAAGUGAAUUGUUGAAUCCUAACAAGUUGAAAAGCUUGUUUUUCAGUUGACUGAAUUGAUAUUUGACUAAAGGAUAAAGAGAGCUUAGUCAUUUCAACAUUGGUUUGCUUUGCUUGAUCAUAAAUCUGAUCUGUGCAUCCUGUGAGAUCCAUUUUAUUAGCUUUGCUGUCAAUCAGAUGGUUGUUUUGUCAGUCUGAGCAUAAUGGGAGGUUGUGUAUCGACGAGCAGUAGUACUUGUAGUAGCAGGAGCAAUGGAGAAAAAGUCUCACCUGAAUGUUUAGGAAUAAACAUGUUUAGUCGAAAAAAGAGUAGAAGAACUUUUUCUGAUCAUGUCAUUGCAUUGAAGCAUCUAAGUUCAAUUCCUAAUCGGAUCUUUACUAAUGGCAAGAGUCGUACUUCUUGCAUAUACACACAACAAGGACGUAAAGGCAUUAAUCAGGACGCGAUGAUUGUCUGGGAAGAUUUCAUGGCGGAAGAUGUGACCUUUUGUGGUGUAUUUGAUGGUCAUGGUCCACAUGGUCAUCUUGUUGCUCGUAAAGUAAGGGAUGUACUGCCCCUGAAGUUAAUGUCCUUUUUGCAAUCAGUUGAAUCAAAGGGUAAUGGUUCUGCUGCAGAUUGCAGCAACGAGAAUCCUGAAUCGGAAGUUUUGGAUCCUGAUAAGGAUCAAGUGAACCUGGAUACUCAGCGGAGAGAAGCGUUUCUUCAAUCUUAUAAGGCAAUGGACAAAGAAUUGAGGUCCCAACCUAACUUAGAUUGCUUUUGCAGUGGUAGUACUGCUAUUACUCUAGUAAAACAGGGUUCAAAUCUUUACAUGGGCUAUAUUGGUGAUUCACGCGCAAUCUUGGCAUCAAAGGAUGACAAUGAUUCAAUGGUCGCAGUCCAGUUAACUGUUGAUCUGAAGCCUGAUUUACCUAAGGAAGCUGAGAGGAUAAAACAGUGUAAAGGUCGGGUUUUUGCAUUGCAAGAUGAGCCGGAAGUGCAGAGAGUUUGGUUGCCAUUUGAUAAUGCCCCUGGAUUAGCAAUGGCUCGAGCAUUUGGUGAUUUUUGUGUGAAGGACUAUGGGGUAAUAUCUGUACCAGAAUUUUCUCACCGAGUUCUUACAGAGAGGGACAAGUUCAUUGUUCUUGCUUCUGACGGGGUUUGGGAUGUCUUGAGCAAUGAGGAAGUGGUUGACAUAGUGUCAUCAGCGUCUACACGAUCAUCAGCUGCUAGAAUCCUAGUUGACUCUGCUGCACGCGAAUGGAAAAUUAAGUACCCGACUUCAAAAAUGGAUGAUUGUGCUGUUGUUUGCUUAUUCUUGGAUGGAAAGAUGGACUUGGAAUCUGACAAUGAGGAGGAGCAAUGUCUCACUUCUGCUGCACUUCAGAGUAACCAUUCUGGUAUUGCUGCUGAAUCCGAUGACGGGCACAACUCUGAGCCAUCUCUACAGAGAAACACUACUGUCAGAUCAGCUGAAGAGAGCGAUAUCUAUAAACGAGUAAUAGCUGAAGCAGAAGCAGAUCAAGAAACCACAAUGACAGAAGAUCAGAAAUGGUCAGGAUUGGAAGGCGUUACGCGAGUUAACUCUCUGGUUCAGCUUCCAAGAUUUUCUGAUGAGAGGCAAGGACCUUAACUUUGUGUUGUUCAAUUAUGAUUGUUGUUAUAUACAAAUUCUUUCAUCAAUAGAGAGAGUAGCAUUGGUUCCAUCAUCUACAUUCCAAGCAAAUGUAUUCUUGCUGCAACAUUUUAGAUCGUAAGAAUUCAUAUAGCUGACGUCAACUUAUUUGAGAUUGAGGCGUUGUUGUUGUAUUCUAGACCGUGUAUAUGUUCACCCUCUUCCAACUUUCAUACACGGGGUAAGCGAUGCUUAUCUUAGCAAGUUUCUAUUGUUUUUUGUGGCUUUGGGUUCGUUCACUAAAUUGGCUUCAUUUCAA